AUGUUUAAUGACACUGAGUCAUUUACCAGCUGUGGAUUGAUGAUUGGAGGUAUUCAUUAUUCAUAUGUCCUUAAAGAAGGACAAUUAAUUAUGCUCAAAGCAGAUGAAGAAAAAAAAGGUGGAUCAUGUCUUUACAAGACAAAACAGAAUAUCGUCAUUGGAGUAUAUGAUUCAUCAAAAGAUCCAAAAAAGGUUUAUACAACUAUGGAAAAAUUAGGAAAAUAUUUAGUUGAAAAUAGUUAUUAG